GUGGACUUCCUGGGCUCAUCCUUCAAUGGCUGCCAAUGUCUGCUGGAACAUCCUGGUCUGCCUGCUGCGUGGCGGCCAUGACGACAGACGAGGCUGAGAGCCAGCAGAAGAAGGCCAACCAGCAGCAGCAGCAGUCCCAGCGGCCUUCCCAGCAGCCGUCGGACGACCCCCCUGCCUCUGCUGACCCCCCCGCCGUGACCUCGGACCCCCAGGACAGCCCCGCAUCCGGCCCAGCCCCGGGCUCCCCUGCGGCGCCGGCGGCCGGGGGCGAGGAGGAGGUGCAGCUGCGUCCCCGCCAGCGCACGUCGGCGGGCCGCGGCCUCUCGCGCCUCUUCUCGUCCUUCCUGAAGCGGCGCUCGCAGUGCUCGGACGGCGAGGGGGCCGACGGCGAACGGGCCCGCGACGCCCGCCAGGACGAGCCCAAGGCGCCCAUCGCCGACCCCGAGCCCGAGCUGCGAGCCGAGGGCGAGGGCGACGCUGCCCUCGACCUGCACUCCCUCAGCAGCGCCGAGAACCAGCCGGCCCCUGUGGACCAGAAGGAGGACGCUGACUCAGACGAGGAGGGAGGAGGGAAAGGAGAGAAGGCCAAAGCCAAGAGGGAGGUCGGAGAGGCGGAGAAAGAGAAGAAGGAGGCGGAGGAGGGCAAGCCUGACGGAGGAGAGGCGGCGGAGGGAGAGGGGGAGGGAGAGGGGGAGGGGGAGGCCAAAGGAGAAAAGGAGAAGAGCGCCGAGGAGGACGAGGUCAAGCCGGCCAAGGCCCCGCGCCGACCCAGGAUCAUGCAGUGCAAAGUCACACUGCUGGACGACACUCUCUACGAGUGUGAACUGGAUAAACAUGCCAAAGGCCAGGAGCUGUUCACAAAAGUGUGUGACCACCUCAACCUGCUGGAGAGAGACUAUUAUGGUGUGGCUAUCUGGGAAACGCCCACUAUGAAGACCUGGCUGGACUUCACCAAGGAGAUUCGGAGGCAGGUGCCAGGGACCGACUAUGACUUCACCUUCAAUGUGAAGUUCUACCCCCCCGAUCCUGCCCAGCUAUCUGAAGACAUCACAAGGUACUUCCUGUGUCUGCAGCUGCGUAAGGACAUCCAGGCGAGCCGGCUGCCGUGCUCGUUCGUGACGCUGGCACUGCUGGGCUCGUACGCGCUGCAGUCGGAGCUGGGCGAGUACGACCCCGAGGUGCACGCGCCCGACUACGCCAAGGACCUCAAGCUGGCGCCCGGCCAGAGCAAGGAGCUGGAGGAGAAGAUCAUGGAGCUGCACCGCACCUACAGGUCCAUGAGUCCGGCCCAGGCUGAUAUGAUGUUCCUGGAGAACGCCAAGAAGCUCUCCAUGUACGGGGUGGACCUGCACCAGGCUAAGGAUCUGGACGGGGUGGACAUCAUGCUGGGCGUGUGCUCCAGUGGUCUGAUGGUGUAUAAGGACAAGCUGCGGAUCAACCGCUUCCCCUGGCCCAAGGUGCUCAAGGUCUCCUACAAACGCAGCAGCUUCUUCAUCAAGAUACGCCCCUCAGAGCUGGAGCACUAUGAGAGCGCCAUCGGCUUCAAGCUGCCCAACUACAAAGCCGCCAAGAAACUGUGGAAAGUGUGUGUGGAGCACCACACCUUCUUCAGGCUGACCUCCACAGAAGCGGCCACCACCCCAAGGAAGUUCCUGGCUCUGGGUUCUAAGUUCCGCUACAGUGGACGCACCCAGGCCCAGACGCGCCAGGCCAGUUCCAUGAUCGACCGCCCCGCGCCCGCCUUCCAACGCUCGUCUAGCAAGAGGGCCUCCCGCAGCCUCGAUGGAGUACCUCUUGCAGCAAGGGUGGCUUUUUCAAAGAGGUCAACGGUCAUUUGGAAGACCUUAACAACCACUGAGAAUGAGGGUGGCUCCCUGGUCCCUGGCUCGUUGGAUGACCUCCUGUCCCGCGCCACAAAAGACCUCCUUCUCACCCAGCAGAGCGUGGAGCAGCUUCAGCGCCAGUGGCUGGCCGCAGGCACAGGCCUUGGACCGAACCGGGCCUUGAGCCAAACCCCCCAAAACCCUCUCCAGGCCCGGCGGUUGGCCAUGUUGGAGCAGGAGGCCCUGGAGCUCCAGAGGGGGCUGGAGAUCGCCGGGCGCCAGGCCAGGGAGGAGGCUCUCUCUCUGGGCAGGAGGUUGAGGGCACUCCUCCCUGAGCCUUUAGGGGAAGACCAGGACCUCUGGUUCCUCUUGCUGGAGAAGGAUACUCUCAAGGGCGUUGGUUUCUCCACAGCGGCCUGGAAGGAUGACUGGUGUGAGCUGCUGGGUCUCCCUGCCCCUCCUGUUUCUAGUUCUCCCCUACAGCCCACAGCGAUGGUGGCCACGCCGGAAAAAGGCGCCCGUCCGGUCAGUGCGCCCAUCAUGUCCCCCGUGUCCCCGGGAGACGCCGCUCCGUCGCCUGCCUCCGCCGCCAUCUCCACGGCCACCAAGGAGCGCAAGGAGGUUGCCACGCCAACUGGCCGUCCCUCGCGCUCGGCCGAGAGGAAGGCGGAGGUGAAGGGGGAGGGGCGUGGCACCGACUCCCCCAAAGCGCAGCAGGGCGCCAAAGCUGAACACACACCUGACAUCAAGACGGUGGCUAGGCGAGAACGCCGGCACCACACGCAGGCGACCACCGCCACCAAUGGCGAGCGGGAGAGACAGUCGCCCCGGGGCACAACGGAGCUGGUGCGAGCGAGGAAGAAAAGAGCUAAGAAACUUGAGGGGGAAACUCUUUAUGUCAGACAUAGCAAUUUAAUGUUGGAGGAUGUGGAAAAGACCCAGUCGGAGAUCAUGCGUCACCACACCAGCAUCAGUGAGCUGAAGCGCAGCUUCAUGGAGUCGGUGCCGGAGCCGCGGCCCAGCGAGUGGGACAAGCGCCUGUCCACACACUCACCCUUCCGCACCGCCAGCAUCAACGGCCAGCUCCAGCCGGGCGCCGACGGGUCCCCUGUGGUGAAGACUCAGACAAUCACCAUCUCUGAUGUCACCAACUCCCUCUGCAGGGAGGUGGCCACCAAAGAGGUCCCCAUCGUGCAUACUGAAACUAAGACCAUUACAUACGAAGCUGCGCAGUCAACAACAGAUGCGGUGGCAGAGAGGGAUUCUGGGAUGCUUUUGAGUGCGCAAACCAUCACCUCGGAGACCAUCAGCACCACUACCACCACCCAGAUCACCAAGCAGACUGUGAAGGGAGGGAUUUCGGAGACCCGCAUUGAGAAGCGGAUUGUCAUCACCGGAGACACAGAGAUUGACCACGAUAAGGCUCUGGCCCGGGCCAUAAAGGAGGCAAAGGAGCAGCACCCUGACAUGGCCGUGACCAAAGUGGUGGUGCAUCAGGAGACAGAGAUCACCCCUGAGGAGCCGGCUGACGACAACCCAGAGGGAUCGUGAAUACCAAGCCAACACACACACUCGCUCUCACACACACACACACACACACACACACACACACACACACACACACACACUGCCUUCCCUUGGCUUUUACCCCUCUCCCUCACUGAUGCUAUCACUCCCUUACACUUGGUUACCUCAGAGAGACUCUUCAUCUCACGCCCCUGACCACUACCCCACCCUUCUUACCACCCCCCUCCCACACACACACACACACACACACACACAAACACACACACACACAUUCUCAAACACACACACACUUACACAUACGCAUAGUAAGUCACCACCAUCUUAACCUCCAUCCACCUGCACUGCCAUGGAUAGCCAACAACCAACCCACUGACUACUCACCACCUCCCUGACCUCCGGCCUGACCAUCCCAGUCUGCUGCUGAGGACAGAGAUCCCCUUUCAUCCCGGAGGCCGAGGACCUAACCUAGCUUCCUUGGGACUGCAGCCAAACCAUGCAACACCCUCAUCACCACCCCCUCAAUCCCCCCAUGACCUUUGACCCCCGGUCAAAGCAACAGUGGCCAGACCCCCAGUAUCCCACAAUCCCUCUCUCCUCUCCUCUCCUGAACCUCAGCAGACUGACUGCAGACGAAUCCCAGAUGUCUCCUUGCCAACCUGAGCUGAAGAUUCUUUUCUCAAUGACAAAAAAAAGGAAAAUAUUUUUGGAUAUUUGUUUCAUUUAAAAGAAAAAUGAUAACAUUUAUAUGAGGGAAUUUUACAAUGAGGUUUCAAAUGGGUUUUGUGCAACUUGAUGCCAUGAUAAAAUGAUGGACUUUUGAGGAAACUUUACUUUUUUCUCUAUCGAAAAAGACUACCUUUUUUGCAUGGCUUUGACGACCAAUAGCCAACAGCAUUCAGCUAUGCUCAGAGGUCUGGUGAACGAGGGCAAAGGAUUCUGGGUAUUCAAUGUCUUUUUAUUCUUUUGAAGGUGCAAGGUUUCAUAAAUCCAAAUGUAUUUGUUCCAUUUUAUUGAUGACAAAAGUGUAAUUUUUGAAUUUAAUUUAAUUUAACUUUAAUGUCCUUCUCUAUGUGAAUGAUUAUGUCUGUUCGAUGGUUUUUGUUGCAUAAAAAAUGAUAUGUAUUACAGUCAAACAUCGGGAGACACAGUACAGUUUUUUUCUCAUGUUUUAAUUGUAUGGCUUAUUUUGUUGAUGAUUCAUAGAUUUUACGAUUUUAGUUGUUGCUGUCGUUGUCCUUGUCAUGAUGAUUCUUGGGUGGGGGGCCGUUCAGAGCCAUUUCUCUCUUGGGUUUAGGGGUGCAGUGUAGUGAAACUACAUUCUAUUUUAUUUCUACCGUAUUUAUUUACAAUUUUGUCAUUUUUGUGUGUGUACUCAGUAUCAUAGUUAACCUGCUUUAAAAAAUGCAGAUAUGUAUACGUAGUCAGAUUUUUUUUUUUUUUUUUUUUUUUUUAUUUUUUUUUAAUUAGAUGCAACACAACAUUCCAGACACCAGCUACAGGCAUUAUUUGUGUUCAUAUUUUCUUUGUUUGUUUUAAUCAUGAAACAAUUGCACUGGCAACUUUUCUGCUGUGCAGUCAUUUUCAGUGUAUUUCUACUUUUCUACCAGAGGGGGCAAUGUGCACUCAUACACACAAGCAAGGGGACCUGCAGUGCCCACAGAUACACCACACUCUGAAAACCCAUGCAGAUCUGUUAAGGUUCAUCCAGAUAGGCAGAGGUCAUUAACAUGAAAGAAAUAGCUAUUUUAAUAAUUAAUGUGUAUCCACCAAUCAUUAUGUCUCAUCAAACAUGCAACAGUUAAUUGAUUUUAAUUACUCUUCAGUUCCUUUCCACGUGUUAUCUGACUCAGGAACAGGCAGUGGCAUUAUUUCUGCACCAAAGUCAGGGUAGGAUCUCUUCCGAGAUCAGUCUUACGGUCGGGGAUUGAUGUCACAGAUUUUGAUCGUCCCAUUUUGACCUCUGACCUUUGUCAACUAAAAGUGCUGUCAGUGAAGCCUUAGGGGGAGACAGCCAGUAAAGUGUCACGUGAUUGGCCAGCCCAGCAUCUUCUCUCAGUUUGAGCAUGUGUGUGUGUUUGUGUGAGUGCACACUGUCCCCUCCAACCAGCUCCAUACUCAGCCAAGAACACCCCACCACCCCCCUGCGCAUUAACACUUUGUACAUUUCUAUUUGAAGAGGGGAAAAACUACAAAUCAACAAAACAAUACAGACAGAGCCAACAGGAAACAAGAAACCUGCUUUUAUAGUGCAAAUAGUAUUCUGUACAGAAAACCAAAGUGUUGUAGGCCUCCCAUUGUGUUUGUUUGCACCAACCCCCCUCCCCUCCCCUCCUUGUGUUCCUGCAUUGGUUUGGGUGGAGGAGAGCAGAGGAUCGCUGAGGGGUGAGGGGGGAUUGUGAGGUCACUUCCUGUCUCUCAGGGUGAGACCUCCGGAACCCCUCUGCUUUUCUCGCCAUCGCUGCGAAAGAAAAGAAAUGUAUAAAGCAAACAGAAAACUGAAAGAGCACCAUGCACUGAAUAAACACAUUUUAGUCACA